ACCAAUGUUCCAUUAUGUACUUGGUGUUCUGAGAAUAAAAUAGAAGUGCUUUUAUUACCUUGCGCUCAUGCUGUCUGUUGCAAUUCAUGCAAACAAAAAUAUAUUGAUAUUGAACAAAAUAAAAAUACGUUGUUAAGCUCCAAACGAAAUGUAGUUUGUCCAAUUUGUCGGAAAAAAGUGAUAGAAUUCGCAUUUAUAUGGUUCUUUUCGAAUAGUUGCAGUCUUUGUGGAUGUAAUACUCUUAAUGCUGUUGCUGGCGGACCAAACGGUUGUGGUUGCGUUAUUGGUUGUUAUGAAAAAGCAAUUGAAUGGCGAAAAGAGAGAAAAAGCUGUCCAAUUUGUAAUCACCCUUUAGACGAAAUUAUCAAAAUUUUUAUUCAAGCUGAUAUUAGUUAA